GGCCCAGAUAAACAGCUGGGAGUAGUCCCAGGGCGUUUGCAGGCUACGCCGUGAAUUCGCAACGCGUCCUCCUCCUUCUUUUCACAAUGACGGAACGAUCGGCGGGAUAAAUCCGACGUGGAUACUCCGGAUCCUAGACCGAACGGCCUCCCGUCACGCGUGUCCACCCGCGAUGCCACCCGAAAUCUGUCCUCGCGAAAGGCCACGAUAACACGGGAAAAGGCCCGCGCCCUGGAAAAAAAUGUGUCGCGAUUGCACGACGUAGCCCGCGAAAGCCGCCGAGGCUAGGAAGGCACGACUCGCAAGGCGGUCCCCGGUCCGUAAAGCCAACCGCGCGCUUCAGCGGCCGGAGGGAUAAAUGCCCGACGAGAGAAUAGAGAUUGCGAGCCGAGCGUUGAGCCUUACGACAGGCGACUUGUCUUGCAUCUGAGCUACGAUGGAGUCUGGAAAUAGCCUGCCCAAUCCGGGCACUUAUCCCGGAGGUGAUCGCCAACAGUUCUGUGUAUCUUGGAAUUCCCAUCAGUCGAACAUGCACAGUGCGUUUCCAAAGUUACUCAGCUCGGAGCAGUUCGUCGACGUGACUCUGGCUUGUGACGGAGGCUCGAUAAAGUGCCACAAGGUUGUGUUGUCCGCCUGCAGCGACUAUUUGGAACGUCUUCUGUUGGAGAUACCGUGUACCCAUCCUGUCAUCUUCCUGAGAGACAUGAAAAUGUGGGAGCUUCAAGCCCUGGUUGAGUUUAUGUACCGCGGAGAGGUGUACGUCGAGCAACAACAACUGGCUACAUUGAUGCAAGCGGCGGAAGUUUUGCAGGUUCGUGGCUUAUCCACUCAGGGCGAGAGCUCAGUGAAUGAGAGUAAUACACAAUCGUGCGAUUCUAAUGCACCCGUCACUCCGUCGACUCCUACUCAUGGCGACAGCAACUAUAAGGCGGACACUUCGUCCAACGACGGAAGUACCUCUGACUUUCUCUGCACGCCAAUGGCUAGCACAGGAAACAACUCGUCCGCUAUCACUCCUCCUGUCUCAUCACAAAAUCCCAACUCCUCCAACUUCGUAAACAUGGAACAUAGCGAAGCGCUGCAACAUUUAGAAAAAGCUCUUAGCGCUUGCGAGGCGACUCUCACCGAAACCACGGGUAUGGUAAAAAUGGAGCCCGAUGAGCAGUUUGUACAGCAGCAGGAUGUCAAACCGUAUUCCAUUAGCAUGGUAUCCAGUAAUAAUUGCAAUCCUAGCAGCCCAUUCCCUGCGAUUGAAGGUUAUCAAAGACGACAAAGGCGUUCGGAAGAGGAACUCAAGCAAGCUUCGGACAUGGUGGCACGCGGCAUGACAUUUCAAGUAGCCUCGGAAAAGUACAAGAUACCGAUCAGCACAAUCCGUUUCUAUAUGGUCAGAAAGGGCAUUCUGCAGAGGCGAAAACGCGGCCGCGGCUCCAGUAAUCUCGGUAUGAAUAGCCAGCCGAGCAGUCCGGCCAGUCCACCGUAUCAUAUGAUGAAUUAUCGUUUGCCGGAGAGCCUAAAUUCCAGCCUACCGUAGUGCUGUACAAAGAAGUAGUGAGUUUUUUUAGAAUUCAGUUUUGAAUCGGACAAACUUUUUAUUGCCGCCUCAUCAGAGCUGUUCCAGACCGUUUCGUUGGUUUUUAUACUUUUAGCUCCUUUACACUGAGUUCUCAUAUAUUUUAUUUUCCUCUUUUUUUUUUUAAUUUUAUUUUCAGUUUACAUAUCAUUAUUCAUUCGUAUUCGUAGCGGCGCGUUCGCGCGCUGGUUCACAAGACUACUAUGUUUACAGUGUAUAACGUGUUUCUGCAUUUAUGCCAUUAUCGAUCCAGUGUGCAUUCUGGAGAUAUAAUUUGUGUCUCGAACAGCUCCGCUCCAUGUAUAUACAAAAAAGAUACCAUAUGUAAAAGUUCGGACACAGCAUUAAGUUAAGAAACUUUCAGGCGAUCGUGUCUUACAUCAUGUUUAUGUUGGAUUCAGUGUCCUUAGGAAGACUGCCUGAUAAACCCGGUUUUUUUCUAUUUUUUUUUUCUUAAGUACAAAGAUGCAGAUGAUUAUUGUAAUGUAGAGUGUACUGGAAUAUUAACGUGUAUUGUAUUAUAAUAACGUUGCGUAAAGCUAACGGCAGACUAAACGGCAGACGCGAUACGUAAUUCAUGGUUCGCUGUUCGUAAGAGAUUCGUGAGUAGUGUGAGUUGAAACAGAUUCGCCAGCGGAGCAAUUUUUCGACGAAAUAAAAAGUCCGUGAAUCAAUUAUUCGUGCUUGUUUGUGUAGAAGCGCAUCAUAGUGCAAAUGAUGAACCACAGUUCGGAAACAGCUGGUAGACGUGGGGUGUUUGAUAGCUUCGUGAUAUAGAACGGUCGCUUAUCAAAUAAAAGAAAAAGGUAUAGAAACAAAGAGGGAUUUGUUUCUCAAUCUUGUCGUUCGGCAUAAGUUAUUUUCCGAGUUUUGAGAUUGAACAUAUUCCUUGAGAUAUUAUUCCUUAAAGACGCAAACAAAUUCAAGAUCUUUUUAGCAAUUGUGUCUCGGAAAAUUGAGCUGGGAGAAGGAUAGAAAAACCAUUCUUAUACUCGCACUAUCUGCGACAUCUUCCAACGUCCUCGGUUUACUCGGCCGUUUGGAAGGCGUUUUUUAAGCGCAUUUUUCGGAUUUCCAUGAAUCUACUGCGAAUCGAGAACUGUGAAUCACGAAUUUAUGAUAAUGCCGCAUAAGAUUUAAAAGGGCAGUCUAUUUUGAAAUUUUAUCAGAAUUCUGUCUUGAAUGUAAUAAUAUGUAAAGAAUAUAGUAAUAUGUAAAGAUACAAAAGUAGAAUUAUGAAGUUUAUGAUUUGUUACGAUAAUAUUCUGUUUCAGAACAAAAGAAAUGUUAAAUAUAUAUGAAUAUUCAUUGAGGAAUAUUCUAUAUAUGAAAAACACUUGUGCACGCUCUGCUUCUAAAAAAUAAAAGCUAAAAUUUUCCAAAUGACGGUGCUUUAAGGAGGUAUUCUAGUUUGAAGAGUCAUAAAAGAAUGUAUUUUUCAGGAUUUUUUUGUGGGGAAACGAAAAAAGCGAAUAACGCUAAACUUUGCAUGUUCUUUAACUUUAUUUUAAGAAUAUAAUUUUUAUUUUUUAAGUGACAAAAAUGUUCUUCUUUUCGAUGUUAUCAUAUCUUGGUUACUAGGAAGUGUAAAUAUGAUAGACGGUGUAAGUGAUUCUAGCUGUUCUAGAUAUCUAGAUAUCUAAAACGCAAAAACUAAAAAUUUUCUUGUUUGGGAGAAGGCUAUCAUCUGAAUUAGAAUAAACAUUUAUUAUUAUUUUUUUUUUUUUUAAUAAAAUACAGGAUAUUACAUAGAAAAGAGGAACAUUUUGUUACUUAAAAAAUUCCUACAAAAAUUCCUGAGAAGUACCUUUUUUACGACUUUUUCAAGUCUCAGCAUACCUCCUUAAAGCCAAGUUUCUAAUUUUUCUCUAAAAUUAUUUUUGUAUACAUUUUUUUUAUUCAGCUUUUUUAUAGGUUUAAACUCUUAAUACAAUAUUGAAAAGCAUGUCUCAAGUUAACCCUUCGUGGUCAUUAGGGGUCAGCAUGACCCCAUAAAUUUUUCAAAGCAAAAUUACACUAACGAUAUUACACUUUGCGAUUUCUUUUCAAUAUGUUAAUAUUAAAUAAUUAAAACAAAAUUAAUAUUGCGGCAGGUUUUGCAACAAUUCAGAAAGGUUCAGUAAUCUUUUCAAAUCAAAAUAAUGAAAACUGUAAAUACGGCAGCCGAUUAAAGUCGCUGGGGUUCGUUUUGACCCCGGUGUGAUCAUUAUAAAACUGUAGAUAAGUGUGACGAAGGGUUAAAAAAGGUAAAUUGAUUUUUUCCUGAGAUACCUAUUGUGCACGUUAAUUUGAAAAAAUAAUCUUGAAAAAAAAAAUAGUUUUUGAGAAAGUGUUUUUUUGAGAAUUUUGAAAUAAACUGCUUUUUUAAUAUUCGUUCUCUCGUAUAAAACAAUCGUACGCGAGAACACUCCAUCUGUCAUCCAUCAUGAAUUAAUAUCGAAAAUAUUAAUUCCAUACUUAUAAGUACUUGUGCGUUGUAACGGCGUCAUACUUAUAAGAGAAAUGUCACUAAAGAUCAAAAUAUUAGGUCGAGCGUUGAACAAAUGUGUUUAAAAUCUUAUUAUUUUGAGACUUUUUUAUACGCAGGAUUUGUAUGUAAGCGCACUUAAUAAGACGUUCAUUGACGAGAAUACAAGUUGUAUAGGAUAUUCAUGUGUAUCUAUGAUAAGAAUUCCUUCAUGCUGUGGACGAACGCUACGCGUAUGGUUGAUUAUCAGCCGUGUUCCGUUCUUCUACUUAGUGACCGAUGUAGUUAGCCUAUAUAUGGAUGAGAUAUGUUUUUGAAUCCUGCAUCAAUAUCGUGCGUAAUAAGACGGAUUUACAAAGUACAGUUCAAAAAAAAGAAAAAGAAAAGACAAAAAAAAAACAGAAAAAGAGAAAAAGAAGAUUGACUAUGUCAUAUAACUGCUAUUUUUUUAAUGACUCGAAAUGUUUUUGAAGAAAAGGCAUUCAUAGCAUAAGUUAUUUUUUAUUAAAUCAUAUUUAUAUAUGGUUCAGUAAAGCUCAGCUUGCUCUCGUUAAGUUAUCUGUGGCAUCUGUACACAUGUACGUAUUUACCGAGUAUUUAUCUUUUUGUAUUUUUAAAUAAUUACCCCACCAGGGGUAGACAGAUUCUUAGUUCUGACACGCUUUAUAUUCUGCACCAGAGAGUGACGCUUAAAGAUCAAAAAUGUAUACAGUUGUAGAAAGACAGGAGGAAUUGUCCAUGAUCGAUUAGUCACUAUGUUUAAGACUGGUAACACGUGGCUAAUAUAACCAGAUUAAAGUCUUAGACACAGCAAUCCUCAAUCUAUUAUAUAAAUAUUUUUGUAGGCACUUUGUCGAGGAAGGUUUCUUCUUUCUGCCUUUAUUCUAUAUAUACCUUGAUAACUUAUACAGUAAGAGGAACCGGUAUUUAUUCAAAGUUUACCAUUUAGCUUUGUUGAACAUCACAAGAGAUGAAACGAUCAUGACGUAUGUAGUGUAACGCUUUUUACAUGCAUAGUGUACAAAUAACAGCAUUUGUAAAUGACGAUAAGAAUUACCUGAUGUCUGUAAAAAUCGACUGGCGUAACGCCGCCGGUCACUCGGUUGUUUUUUACGGACACUGGUUCUGCCUUUUCAAAGAAGUUUAAUUGUGUGACAACAACUGUGGCGCGCAUACAAUGUAAUUGUACGAUGUAUUGCCUUUGUUAAAUAGCAUUUUGGAUAAAGCCAUAUUUUUCCAUGCAACGCAAUAAUCCAGCAAAAUAAAUUACAGUUAAACUGAGAAGCAGCCUAAAAUAGGAAAGAGUGCCAGAUACAAAACAAAAGUGGAUAUGAACAAUAACACAUAGAAGAUAAAGUAAAGUUUAUCUAUCACUUAGAGUAUGUAACUGCCUUUCUCUGGCCUCAUACUGGAUCAUUAAUUUAUUUAUAUUAGACAAUAUACAAGAUACAUGUAAAGGGAAAAAAAACUAAUCUAACUUAGAAGGCUUGUUAGAGCUUCUAUUAAUUGCAGUAAGACUGCUGCCAUCCGACUGAUGAACACAUUCUCUCAAGACGCUGAAGUUGAACAUUUAAUCGAAACAUAUGUCACAGAUCUUACAUAAUUGUAUUUAUUCUCAUUUAUCAUUUCUUUAUGCGAUCAUCACGUAUUUAACACAGACUCGAUUGUUUCUGUACAUUUCACAAUAUAUCGAGAUAUAUCGGAAAAGAAAAGAAAAGGAAAGGAAAGGAAAGAGAAACAAGUCGCUUAUUGGAUAGUGUGAUGUUAACGCGAACUCAACGCAUGACUUGCAAUUGUUGCCUGUUGUAAUGUCCAAUGAGAGUUGAUUGAAUUGUAAUGACUUACUCGUAUAUAGCAUUCUUUCCCGCGAGGAAUUGGUAACGUGUAAAUCAUUAUUCUAAGAGUUCCAGUUGACAAAGGUUUUAUACGGAUCUAUUAAACCAGUAUUUCAAACCAAUGAAAAAUAAUUAGUUUUCUAAUAAUAAUAAUAAUAACAAUACAAUUUUAUGUGAAUUUAGUACAGUGCUUAAGUCAGUAAUGCUCAGCGUAUCUAACAGAUAUUUUUAGUGGAACUCCGUGUCAUACUCACAUGUAUCAUAACGUCUUAAAGUAUGUAAACUAAACCACAAUCAAAGAAGUGUGAACGAUACUUAAUGACUAUUAUCAUAAUAGCCACUUAUGAUAGCAGUAAAUAGGUAGCCAUUUUGAGGCAGUUUAUAUUAUAUUUAAUUACAUUGUGUAUCGCUUUGGUCUCCGUUUUUACGAUGGUAUUAUUAUUUGUAGAUAGAGAAUCCAUAACUUUAGAAUACGAUUGAACCUCGAAACAUUUAUUUGUAAGUCUUUUUUACAGUUACCGAAUAUCUAAUUGAUUAAAUAGGCAAUGCAAUUAAAACGAAAAGAAAGAAAGAAAGAAAAAAGACACACUACACACAUACACACGUGACAUGCAGAGAUCUGUUCGUGUAAUCAGUACGAUUGUGGAUGUUUUGUCGUUUGAUCUUUGUUAACUUUUGGACUAUAUAUAUAUGUGCGAUUACAUUGAGUUGGCAUCAAAACCAAGCAUACUCCGUAUAAGUAGUAUUUUUAUAUUUUGUUUUUAGCUUAAGUUUUUAUUUUUAGUGAUUUGGCUAAGUUAUACAUUACGCUAAGUUAAACUUUCCGAGGUAAUACUUUCUAUGCGAUUCAAUGAACGCAGUUUAUAAAGACGCUAAAAUUAAAGCGAACAUCGAUUAUACUUUUGACUGUUCGGUUUAUCCAUUAUAAUUUUGUAUUACGUCGGAAAGCGUUAUUCACGAGACAUUAUAGGUCUGUUCUAUUCAGCUGAACUUCUUGCACAGUUCAUCCUUUCUCUUUUUCUCUGCAACGUGAAACGAAAAAGGGGAAAGAUGAGCCGUGCAACAAGUUUAGCUAAAAAGAACAGGCCUUAUGUUAGUCAGUUUCCUUAAUGUAGGGACAUGGCUUUGAAGAGUUACGUUAGUCAAUUGCGUUCAUCAUAUUAAUCUUCUUAAGAAAAUGCGAGUUACAAAUUGCGUUCAUUAUUAAUCUUCUUAAGAAACUCGGAAUGUAGAAAUAGAUAUAGUUGCUUGCCUAUUUACAGAACAUACGUGCUUUGAUGUUUCGUGAAUGAGUUGUGUAGCCACAAUAGACGAGUGACUUGUAAACGUUCAAUUUUCUAACUAGAGUACGCAUCUAAUAUUGAUCGAUUAUUAUUAGGGAUUUGUAUGAUGUAUCAGGAUUAUAAAGUGCGCCAUAUUACGCCGAAUCGCCGCCGACGCUUCGAUCGUUGUUCUCCCGAAGUACUCGUUACUCAGUUCCCAUUGCAGUACUCGCGCGACACUGUCCCGAGCGAGAUUCAGUAUUAUAUAUUGUACAUCACACGCGAAAGCCUUCGACUGCGUCCGUUCAACGGUUAGAUCCUUAAGCAUUAGAUCCCGUAGGAUAGUCCCAUUAGUUACACUUAUUAUUACUACACGAAUAUAUAUUUUGCGCUGUUGUGUCGAGAGCCCGUAUUCGAAAACGCUUUACAAGUGGACCCGCAGGCGGAUACAAGACCACGAACGAACAUGGACCGAGCGUAACGUUCGCUUAUUCUUUGAUGUAUCAAGGAAAGACCGUUGACGCAAAUUUUAAUUUAAUUAACGGUUUGUAAUUCCACGUCGAUACACGUUGAAACAAGCUCGUUCGUGCGCUUGUUCGCGUUUGUUCAUGUUCUUCGCCUUCGUCGGGAAUACGCUUGACGCGUUUUAACAUCUUCGCUUUCGAGUGCAAUGCCGUUCGACAUUUCGUCACGCCACGCCGAAAUUGAUUGUACUUGUCAGUUAAUUCCUUCGCUUUACAAGUGACGAACCCCAAGGUAGAUAUAAGAUUUCGAAUGAAUAUGGACUGAGCGUAACGUUCGCUUAUUCUUUGAUGUAUCGAUGAAAGACGGUUGGCGCAAAUUUUAUUAAUUUAAUUAAUCGUUUGUAAUUGCACAUUGAUACACAUCGAAGCAGGCUCGUUCACUUGUUCGCGUUUGUUCACGUUCUUCGCCUUGGGAAUGUACACUUGGAUUGCUUUCAACAUCUUCGCUUUCGAUCGCAAUGUGAUACGACAUUUCGUCGCACCACGUCAAAAUUGAUUAUAUUUGUCAAUUAAUUCCUUCGUCGCGUAUUUUUCUCGUUGGGGACUGUUUAGCGCACGUGCAUUCAGUUCUACAGGGUGCUCCCGGGUUAAGUCGCCAAACUUGAAAUAUGAAUUUAGGACCUCAAAACAAACAAAAUUUUCCUCUGGAACUAUGCUCAUAAACGCUUCGUUUAAGAGAUAUUACUUCAUAAGUCACAGAAUUAUAGGAAUAAAUAAUGUUGAAAUAAUCUAUGUUUAUCUUGUUUAUUGCUUUAUAGCGAUCAGAAUUUAACUAUUACAUGUUUUGUUCAAAAUGAUGGCCUCCAGCCUGGAGACAAGCGGUGCACCUAUCGAUCACGGUGGAAACAUUAGCCGUCGAUCAAUGAUCUUCGAUCUUCAAAACAAAAUAAAUAAAUAUUUCGACAUUAUUCAUUCCUAUAAUUAUGUAACUUAAGAAGUCAAUAUCUCUUAAACGAAGCGAGCAUAGUUUUAGAGGAAAAUUUCGUUUGUUUUGAGGUCCUAAAUUCAUAUUCCAAGUUUGGCGAUUUAACCCGGGAGCACCCUGUACAAUACGGCAGUAUGAAUAUGUUUCGCGUAUGACUACCGGCGUUGGAGUGACGACGUGUCUCGAUUUAUCAGAUUGUUGUUGUCGUAAGCGCGAUUUGAAUACGGGUGAGAGAAGCGUGCGGAUUCAGUGUAAUACGGCAAGAUAUAUAAAUGUGUACGCGAAGAAUACGCGUACAUACACGUAUACACAGAAAACAGAAGAGACAUAUAAGGGACGAGAAAUGAAGCAGAGCGAACUCGUCCCUGCGACUGUAAUACAAUUCGCAGAACGUGCCGUGCCGUACGGUUUUUGCUGAUCGCAACAAACCAGCUUUUAUAUAAUUCGCGUGUAAGGUCACCGUCAGGGUGUAAGAUCUUAAUUAAAGUUGGUUACGAGUGUCGUUAUAGCAUAUAGUAAGGCACUGCGUAUAUAGCGAGCGAAGUAAAAAAAAAAAAGAAACCCACUCCAGUAAGAAUAAAGAAAAGGUCCUCGAAACUAAGUAUGUUGAAUGUAAUGCGUGGAGAAUGAGAUUUUCGAACGUGGACAUCGGAGUUGCGUAGGAAAGAAACAGUCUUUCUGGCGCAACCAGGAGAUGUCCUGGUCGUAUGUGUAUAUGAGACACUUUUGAAAGUAGCCCUGACUUCCGAGAGAGAGAGAGAGAGAGAGAGAGAGAGAGAGAGAGAAAGAAAGAAAGAAAGAAAGAAUUAAGAACGAUGACAGAUAAAAUAAGUAAUUGCGAAAGGGAGCGUUGCCCGAAAGAGAUGUACGAAAUUUGUCGCCAACGAUUCACGCCGGUUUAUUAUAUAAAUAUUAUAAUUAUUUUUUAUUUUAAUCAUCGACGUACAAUUGGUACUCCACAUUGUAAGAUUCUCAGAAAAAUAUAAAUUUAAAAUUAUAUAAAUAUAUAUAUAUAUAUAUGUAUAUAUAUGUAUAUAUAUUUAUGUUUGCAAUAUACAUACACAUACAUACAUAAAUACAUAUAUAUAUUUCUGAGCACUAUUAGUUCUGAGUAUCUCUGUGGAACUACUAGAUUUAGCUGUACAAUUGCAAUAAAAAAAAACUCAAAAUACAGAAAAUUCAAUGCUUAAGCAAGAAAUUGGUAAAAUCUGAUUUAAAGAGCCAAAAAUUGCUAGAAAGUACGUACGAUAUACGAUUUCUUCCAUAUUUUUGGUAAUUUCUGUGUUAAACGAAUUGUUUCAUUAGGAUUGGCUUGCACCAACAAGUGUAUAUGCAUAUUUUAUCGGUCAGUGAUUGGUAUCCACCACAACCAUUAUGUAUAUUUACAAUAUAUGUACGAAUCAUGCAUAUAUUGAAUGAAUUUAAUCAAUAAUCCUAUAACGGAGAAUCGCGUCCAACAAUUCUUGCUACGAAGAUAAUGCUUCACUUUUCCUUCACUCUCUCCUUUAUAACAAUCGAUUGAUUUUCGCGAUAUAUAAAAAAAAUUGAUUAUAUGGAAUAUUUGGUACGCAGUUUACCGAGUUGGAAUAAGUAUGCAAACAAAAUUAAAAAUUAUAUAAAUACAUAGAUACAUAUAUAUGACAUCAAUGGCACUGCAGCUCUCCUGGUCGAGCCUCCUGACAUUUAAAUAUACAUAUAUAUAUAUAUAUAUAUAUGAUUUUAUGAUAUAAAUUUAUAUAUAACACAGAAAUAUCAUCGAACACGAAUUUGUCAUUUAAGUGAUUGAUUAUUAUUAUUAUUAUACGAUACUUUUUCUUGCCGGAUUGUCACUUGAAGCGCGGCGCAUAUUUCGACACGCUCGUCAAGUAUUGAAUCGCUAUGUAUUGUAAGAACUGUAUUUUAAGGGUUGUAAGUAAAGUUGGCGAGAGAAAAGAGGGACAGACCUCGGCUUAUAAUUUUAAAAUCGUGUAACAUGUGUUAGUGAAAAAGCAUGCUUCUUAGUAGGGAGUUAGGACAGUGCUACGUAACAAUAAUUAUUAUAAUUAAAAUUAAUUAUGAGUAUAAGGUAUUUAAUAUAAGUGCAAAGUAUUUCCUAAUAAAAAGUACUGCUGAAAAAA